CCGAUCAAGGGUGGAUUGGAACCGAUUUUUGAUUCGGUCGUCGAGUUCUUUUCUCUGUCCAGUCAUGUGUGCGUCCGCUUCACAGACACAGAGGCACACCCAGACACACAAAGCGCGUCUCUACAGGGUCCUCUGGCUACGUGGAUGUCCGUGUGGGUCCUCGACCGUCUCGUCUCGGGACCCCGCCCGCUGCGUCAAUGGCAAUGUGGGGCAACCGACGUCGAGAUUCUCCAGGGCUGCUUCUUGAUUACUCUCGCAUUCCUUCGCCGACCCAUGUGCACCGUAUGAACGUGCCUUGUGCAACCGCCGCACUUCGAAUCUCAAUGCUAUAAAGUCACUCCCCAUCCGCGCAACAGCGAUUCGCCAGUGUUCGAUUCCCUCUGACACCCCUCCCUGGACCAUGGUUUUCCGCACCCUCAUCCUCUGUGCUCUCGUCCAGUUGGCGGUCGCGGCACCCAAGAUCGUGCUGACGAACGAUGACGGUUGGGCGGUUGCUCAUAUCCGCGCCCAGUACUCCGCAUUGGAGGCUGCGGGCUAUGAUGUCAUCCUGUCCGCUCCGGCGCAAAACGAGUCUGGCACGGGCUCGUCGAGCAAGACCGCGACGACGCUGACCUCGGCAUGCGAGUACAACUCGUGCCCGAAGGGCUCGCCGGCGGAGGGAUCCGACCCGAGCAACGACAAGCUGAACUACGUCAAUGCCUACCCCGCCGACUCGGCGAACUUUGGGAUCAAGACGCUCGCGCCUGACCUGUUUGGCUCCGCGCCCGACUUUGUCGUCAGCGGACCGAAUGUCGGUGCGAACAUCGGCAUUGCGACGACGCUGUCUGGCACUGUCGGUGCCGCCUCGGCUGCCGUGAUUGCUGGGAUCCCGUCGAUUGCCGUCUCUGGCUCGACUGGGAGCCAGGUCUCGUACACGACGCUGACGUCGGACCCGUCGUCGGCCAACUCGCAGGCGGCGCAGAUCUACUCGCAGGCGACGCUGCGGCUGGUCAACGUGCUCCUGGCCGGGAGCAAGCCGUACCUGCCGAGCGGCGUGUCGCUGAACGUGAACUACCCGCCGAUCUCCUCUGCGUGCGCGUCCGGCGACGACUUCCAGUUCGUGCUGAGCCGGAUCUACAACAACAUCUUCGUGGACGACGUCAACACGUGUGGCUCCAAGCACCUGCCCAGCGAGAACGACGUCAUGACUGCCUCGGGAUGCUACGCCAGCGUCAGCCCCUUCAUCGCCAGCAAGGACUUGAUCAAGUCCGAGGCGAGCGUUGCCGACCAGGCUACUGUCAUCAGCAAACUCAGCUCCAUCAUCACCUGCCUCCCGUCGUAAAAAGUGUAUCUAGCCCUUAUGUGGAAUGGAACAAUUGUGCUUACAGUCUCAGUGGAACGUAGACUACGGAGUUGAACGUUCGAGUGGUUGCGCAAACCAAUGUAGUUUAGCCUCCCAUGCUCACAGCUAAUGCUUCGCAAAGAUCUUGCCUUGCCCCACACUCUUUGCCCCAGAAUUCCAGGGGGAUGGUACGCGCUAGUGCGAUCGACGGUCCACGUUUCUGCAACCGUAUGCAAGUAUGUCGACAUCGUCCCUGCAGAGUCUCUACUUCUGCGCUAAACCGGAUGUGGG